AUCGCAUUUCACAAUCAGAUUAUCGGUAUAUUGAAUCAUCUUUUGGAUUUGCCAUAAAGCCAUUCGCCAUAAACCAACCCGAGUUGGAAAUAUUUCAAUUGAAAAUAAUCUUAGGCAUAAAUUAGAAAUGAGGCAUUUGUCGAUGAUAAAUUCACCUGAUCGUGACGCGGCCAUCUGGCGGUGAAUGAACCCGAAACGCGAAAAUGGAAUAAAUUUAAUGGCGGCAAAAUAUUAAUUAUUAUAGAUAAAAUAAGGUUAAAUUUUGAAUUAGUAUCUCGCGAAUUCGUUAGCGGAUAGGGUAAAACUACUUUUGAAAAUGAUGCAAAAGGAGGAAAACGAUAGUGAUGAAAAUAGCUGUGUUUUCGAACGACAAACGGCCGAAUAUUCCGACCAAACGAGCCAAUUUUCAAGCGAAAACGAUAAUUACACGAAACAAUUUGCACGAUUAUAUUUAAAACGAAUCGAAGAAUUAUCCUCGAUACUUAAAAAGAAACUUCUAGCAAAAUGGGGGUCGGAUGCUAAUUUAAUUCCGUUAUCAGAACUUGGAGAUCAAAAUGGAAGACGUUGUGCUAUUAUAGGUACUUUAUACAAAUAUCAAAAAUAUAAGCCCUCAAUUUUACAAGAUCUUAGUGAUAAAUGCCAAUUAUCGGCCCCUGAAGUAAAGGAAGAUUAUUGCUCCGAAGAUGACCAACUAUUUCUAGAAGAUCAAACAUCACGUAUUAAAUUAACAGGAUCCCAAGUAAAUGUUAGAGAGUCCGUUACUGGUGUAGUUUGUGCUGUAAUUGGCACGGAAAAUAAGAAAAGUACCUUCGAAGUUGAAGAUUGGUGCUUUUGCGGUUGUCCUAUUCAAUCAUCAGUUUCAUCAAAUUCCACAUCUUCGGGAAAAUUAGUUUUUAUAUCGGGUCUAGAAUUUGCAUCCAAUCCACCAAACAGUGCUUUAUCUUUAUUUAUCGACUGGCUCGGAGGAUUAUUAGGAAAUGAGAAAGUUCAAAGGGAUCAAGCAUCCGUUGUUCGGCUUGUAAUAGCAGGUAAUAGUAUAAAAAAUUUUUCGCAUCAUCAUGCCAGUACAGGACAUGCCAGUGGAAAAGCAGAAGAUACAGCGACUGCGGAGGAAGUAUCGAACGGAGUAAAAAGAUUUGAUAAAUUUCUUGAAACUGUUGGCAUCAAUUGUUAUAUAACUGUCUUGCCAGGUGAAUUUGAUAUUACUGCACUAAUGAUGCCACAAAGAGCAAUGCAACCAGGAUUGUUUCCUGGUGCUAGAAAAUUGAACACUGUGAGUGGAGUUACUAAUCCGUGGAUAGGCAAAGUUUCUAAUAGGAUUAUUACUGGAACCAGUGGUCAGCCUAUUCAGAAUAUUCAAAAAGUUUGCGGUAAAGACACUUUGGAGCCAAUCGAAUGGUUAGAGAGAUCUCUAGAAUGGAGACAUUUGUGUCCGACAGCACCAGAUACUGUACCAUGCCUGCCAUUUUAUAAAAGCGAUCCUUUUAUUUUAAAAGAAUGUCCUGAUAUUUAUUUUUCUGGCAAUAUGGAAAAGUUUCAGACAAGAUUAUAUGAAGGUAAAGAAGGUCAAAAAGUAUGUCUCUUAUGUAUUCCAAAAUUUUCAGCUACUCAAACUGCAGUAGUCGUUGACCUAGAAACUUUAGAUGCUAGACCUAUUUCAUUUGGAUUUCAUUAAAAUAUUUUUAGUACUUCUUUGUAAUAUUUAAUUCGCAUA